AUGGACAACUAUAAUCCCGACCGCUGCCCGAUUUACGCUUCCUUCUUUGGAGCACUGGGCUGUGCCAUGGCUACGAUACUUUGCUGUCUCGGAGCAUCAUACGGAACAGCUAAGUCGUCGGGCGCUGUGUUUAGCGCAGCCAUAAUCAGACCUGACAGCUGGACUCGUAACAUGCUAUGUGCAGUUAUGGCCCAGAUCCUGUCGAUUUACGGACUUGUAACAAGUGUCAUUAUCAGCAACAGCCUGUUCGAAAAGAUGGCACUCUUCACGGGGUUCAUCCAGAUGGGUGCAGGUAUCGCUGUCGGACUAUGUGGCAUGGCAGCUGGAUUUGCGAUUGGCAUCGUUGGUGAUGCCGGAGUACGAGCGAACGUUCAACAACCACGCCUCUACACAGCUAUGGUCUUGAUCUUGAUCUUCUCCGAAGUUCUGGGGCUAUACGGUCUGAUUGUUUCUAUUCUUAUGCUUUCAAGGUCUACGCUUGGGGUCACAGAACAAGCCGAUCACCUUUCAGGCAAGGGAUACGAAGUAUUGUGA